AUGUGUAUUUUGAGUCGACUCAAAACACCCUUUUUGCUGGAGGCUCCAUGUUCUUAUCCGUCUCCCUCCCUCACCUUCCGUGCACUCCUCCUCACUCCUCCCCACCGCUUCCAGCCGUUUGGCAAUCUGCACAGGGGGGUGUCAGCGCUGGUAACGGAGGCAGUGGGGAGUCUAGGCGCUGCCGUGGCUGCUGGUGCGCCGGUGGUGGGGUGUGUGGAGGCUCCAUGCUCUAAUCCUCCCCUUUCUUCUCCUUUGAACUCCUUCCUGCCCCUCCUCACUCCUCCCCACCGCUUCCAGCCGUUUGGCAAUCUGCACGGGGGGGUGUCAGCAUUGGUAACGGAGGCAGUGGGCAGUCUGGGUGCUGCCGUGGCUGCUGGUGCGCCGGUGGUGGGGGUGGAGGUGGCGUGCAGUCACCUUAGAGCCGCACCCAUCGGCACUCCUCUCAUUGCUGUUGGCACUCCCUUGAGAGUCGGCCGCACCGUUCAGGUGUGGGAGGUCCGCCUGUCAGCUUCAAGCGACUGCGUGCCGGCACAACAAGGCAAGCCAGCCGCUUUUAACAAGGCAGCAGCACCAUCAACACGAGCCGCUGCAGCAGCCGCUGCCACCUGA